AUGCGCCACCGCCGUGACCGGCAGAAUGCGGGGCAGCGCCGUGCAACAGCCACAGAGCGAACAAAGCGUGGGGAAAGGUCUUCGCUGAUUGGCCACUUGAUUAUCAUUCGAAAAGACUGCCGCCCAGCAUUUGGGUUAUCCAUGGGGCAUGGAGAAUGCGCAAAAUCGGAGCUCCGUCCCGCCCACCGAGAAGGAAACUUUUCUUCCCCUACAUCUCGCACAACUUUUUUUUCUCGUACCAUGGCAACUCUUGCACCAUCAGCCAUCAGACAGGCAUCUCGCUUGGCAUCCAAGUCGGCCCUCACUGCUGCACCCCGUCAUGGCCUCCAGCAGCUAUCACGAGUAGCAUCCGCGCCUGUCCAGCGCACUGCUGGCAAGAAGAGGAGCUAUGUGACCGAGUCGAAGCGGGAUAACGCCCAGGUCCAAACCGAAACCGCCAUCCGUCUCGACAGGAAGGAGCUGGAGAAAUCCGGACUCACCAUCACCUCCGAGAAUGGCUCGACCGAGCAUGUCAGCCCAAUGGCUGAUGUCCUGAAGGCGGCGACCAUAAUGGAUGAAGGCCAACGGCCCAUCUAUAUGGAUAUGCAGGCCACAACUCCACUGGACCCCCGCGUGCUUGAUGCCAUGAUGCCCUACUACACAGGCUUUUAUGGCAACCCACAUUCCAGGACGCACGCGUACGGAUGGGAGAGCGAGAAGGCGGUCGAAGAUGCGAGACAACAUAUUGCCAGCCUUAUCGGGGCCGAUCCCAAGGAAAUCAUUUUCACCAGCGGAGCCACGGAAAGCAACAAUAUGAGCAUCAAGGGUGUCGCCAGAUUUUUCGGCAGGUCCGGCAAGAAGAAGCACAUCAUUACCAGUCAGACCGAGCACAAGUGUGUGCUUGAUAGCUGCAGGCAUCUCCAAGACGAAGGGUUUGAGGUGACAUAUCUUCCCGUCGAGUCCAGCGGUCUCAUCAACCUUGACAAACUGAAGGCCGCCAUCCGCCCCGACACAAUGCUUGUCAGCAUCAUGUCGGUAAACAACGAGAUCGGUGUCAUUCAACCCAUCGAGGAGAUUGGCAAGAUUUGCCGGGCCAACAAGGUCUUCUUCCACACAGAUGCUGCUCAAGCAGUGGGCAAGAUUCCUCUGGAUGUCAACGCGAUGAACAUUGAUCUGAUGUCCAUCUCUUCCCACAAGAUCUACGGCCCCAAGGGAAUUGGAGCUUGCUAUGUCCGCCGGCGGCCGAGAGUGAGAAUUGACCCCAUCAUCAGCGGUGGUGGCCAGGAGAGAGGUCUUCGUAGCGGCACGCUGGCUCCCGCCCUUGUUGUUGGGUUUGGUGAGGCGUGCCGCAUCGCAAAGGAAGAAAUGAAGUAUGAUUCGCAGAGAAUCAAGUUCCUUUCCGACCGGUUACUCAACGGUCUCCUGUCGAUGGAACACACGAGCCAGAACGGUGACCCGAACCACUUUUAUCCCGGCUGCGUCAAUGUCUCGUUCGCCUAUGUCGAGGGUGAAUCCCUGCUUAUGGCGCUCAAGGACAUUGCCUUGUCUUCGGGCAGUGCCUGCACCUCGGCAUCGCUGGAGCCCAGCUACGUAUUACGAGCCCUGGGCAACAGCGACGAGAGUGCGCACUCCAGUAUCCGGUUCGGUAUCGGCCGGUUCACCACGGAGCAAGAGAUCGAUUACGUCCUGAAGGCGGUGACAGAGCGUGUGGGCUUCCUUCGCGAGCUGAGUCCUCUGUGGGAGCUUGUCCAGGAGGGUGUCGACCUCAACACGAUUGAGUGGAGUCAGCACUAA